CCUUUUUUUUUUUUAUUUUUUUUUUCUUUUGGAAGAAGAUAUAUUUUUUUUUCCCUGUGGUUGGAAUGGAGGGGUUGGGUCUGUGCCUAAGAAGCAGCAGCCGAACGUCGGUCCUGGGAGAAACCCGAGUGGAUGUGGGGUCCCCUGCCAGCUAACUCUCCAGGACCCGCAGCCCCACGGCCGGGGGGCCUGGAUGCAGUGAGAGAGCCUCUCACGGGAUCAGCGUGGUGACGUGGCAGCCAAGACGAGGAAUUUUGGGACUUCCCUUCCACCGCAACAGAAUCUGGGGGGUGGGCAGGGGUGGGUCAGGGGGACACUGGGAAUCGCAGGACCCUUCACCUUCACUGUGGGCUUGGCUCAGGGAUGACCACAGGCAGAGUCAACCCUUACAGCAUCGUGUCCUCCGAGGAAGACGGGCUGAGGUUGACCACCAUGCCAGGUAUCAACGGCUUUGGCAACGGGAAAAUCCACACCAGGAGGAAAUGCAGAAACAGGUUUGUAAAGAAGAACGGUCAGUGCAACGUGGAGUUCACCAACAUGGAUGACAAACCACAGAGGUACAUUGCAGACAUGUUCACCACAUGCGUUGACAUCCGCUGGAGGUAUAUGCUCUUGCUCUUUUCCCUGGCGUUUCUGGUGUCCUGGUUAUUGUUUGGGCUGAUUUUCUGGUUAAUUGCACUCAUUCAUGGAGACCUAGAAAACCCGGGUGGAGACGAUACCUUCAAGCCUUGCGUUCUGCAGGUCAAUGGCUUUGUGGCUGCUUUUCUGUUCUCCAUUGAGACCCAAACGACUAUUGGUUACGGCUUCCGCUGCGUGACGGAGGAGUGUCCGCUCGCGGUCUUCAUGGUGGUGGUUCAGUCCAUCGUGGGGUGUAUAAUUGACUCUUUCAUGAUUGGUGCAAUAAUGGCAAAAAUGGCCAGGCCCAAAAAAAGGGCCCAGACAUUACUUUUCAGCCAUAAUGCAGUAGUGGCAAUGAGAGAUGGAAAACUCUGCCUGAUGUGGAGAGUUGGGAACCUCCGUAAAAGCCACAUAGUAGAAGCCCACGUACGAGCUCAGCUAAUUAAGCCCAGGAUCACAGAGGAAGGGGAAUACAUACCCCUCGACCAAAUAGACAUCGACGUGGGGUUUGAUAAAGGCUUGGACCGUAUUUUCUUGGUGUCCCCCAUCACCAUUCUCCAUGAGAUCAAUGAAGACAGCCCCUUGUUCGGGAUCAGCCGCCAGGACUUGGAGACAGAUGACUUUGAGAUCGUCGUCAUCCUGGAAGGCAUGGUAGAAGCCACAGCCAUGACGACGCAAGCUCGGAGCUCCUACCUGGCCAGUGAGAUCCUCUGGGGCCACCGCUUCGAGCCCGUCUUGUUUGAGGAGAAAAACCAGUACAAAGUAGACUAUUCCCACUUCCACAAAACCUAUGAGGUCCCGUCCACGCCACGUUGCAGCGCCAAGGACUUGGUGGAGAACAAAUUCCUGCUGCCCAGCACCAACUCCUUCUGCUACGAGAACGAGCUGGCCUUCAUGAGCCGCGACGAGGAAGAGGAAGACGAUGACAGCCGGGGUUUGGAGGACAUCAGCCCGGACAACAGGCACGAGUUCGACAGGCUGCAAGCCACAAUAGCGUUGGAUCAACGGUCGUACAGGAGGGAGUCGGAAAUAUGACUCUUGGUCCUUCCGCUGACUUUUCCAAGGGUAUUUUUUUUCCUUCCUCUAAUCUCUUCCCCUAAAACCCGCUCAAAAUUAUGCAGAACAAUGCAAGUGCCAUAGGAAUGCUUGAGAAAUUAGUCUCGUUCAUAGUUUUCAGUUUCAUCGCAAUAACCACUGAGCGGUCUGCAGGAGGGGACGGUGGCAGCCCACGGCGCGUGUCCCGCGCCCGGCGCCCGCGGUGGGGCCGGCGGCUGCGGGGGGGAUGGACAGACAGACGGACGGACGGAUGGACGGACGGAUGAAGAGAGGAGGGUCCGUGGGGCACGGGCAGGCGCUGGCCCCGCACGGCCCCGCGGGGCUUUGCUCCCCCCACGGGGAAAACGCCAGCCUUGUCUUGGAGCCGAGCACUGCGAGAUCCAAAAAAGAGGAAAUAUCAGGAAACAAAUCUUACUCUCUCUCUCUCUUUCUAGUUGGUUUUUUUUCCUUUUAUUUUUUAACUGAGCAGCGACAACAAAAAAAAUUGCUCCUUCGGCAGGCGGUCUGGUUCAGUUGCACAAGAACAACACUUGAAAUAACAUGCAACGUUAAUGUACUUCUUUUUAAUUUGGGGAAAAAAUGGGGGAGGGAGGUGAGAGGGUUUUUAAUUUUUUCACCGUACCGUUUGGGAGACUGUUUACCAAAAUAAUAAUAAUAAUUAUUAUUAUAAUUAUAACAAUAAUAAUAAUAAUAUUAAAUCUGAAAGAAGUCAUUCAGUAUUUUUUAAAAAUGAACAAGGGAAUGAAGAAGCCACUGGGGUCCUUUGAGGGGGUGACUUGUUGGGCAGAUGCAAGAGAUAGAAGUCAAGACUGCUCCCAAUUUUUGGGUGCUUAUUUUCCACUGGCAUGGCUUCAUAGGCAGAAAACAGAUGUAAGUGACUGGAGGUCCGUGGCAGAGAAAGCAAGUAGAGGAAUUACUGGCAAAGGAGGUAAUAAGGAUAAGAAGGACUGUGAUAGAAUAAAGCAUUGUAAACACAGUAAUUAGCCAAUAUCUGGAAAUACUGAUUUUCAGGGUGGAAAUGGGGUCUGGAACAUCAGCUGCUGAGUGUUGGGUCUCCCCCAAAAUCUCUGAUGGGGAAUUUAUAAAUUCCAUCAUGACUAGGACAAAGUUAUGAGAAGCACAAAAAAGAGAGUGGAAAGCUGUCAAAAUUGGGUAUUAUUUUCUCACCUUUCCAACCAAUUUGGUAUUUUUCUUCCUCGAAGAAUAUUUUUAAACGUGGAAACCAAUGUGAAAGUCAUGUUGUAGGGUUGCACUUGUAACACACGAGCUGCCUCUGUGCCAGGCUGGGAUUUAUGAAUUCCUUAUUCACCAGAGGGUCCUGCUUCAGAGGCAGAUGUUUUUCCCAAAACAAGAGAUGCCAGUCGAGAAAAUCACCCCGUCUUGAGCUUCAACCCACCCCUGUGUCCCAGCCUCAAGGUGGAUUGUGCCUUAGAGAUGCGAACUCAUCCCGCACCCCAGCCCUCCUCACAGCACCCCAUUUGCAUCCCCCCACUGGGGCACAUUUCCUUUGCUCUGCAGCACCCACACCCCCUCAUCCUCCGUGUUUUAGGCUGGUCUUGGUGACAAGCUGGCUUAGCUUUUGCUCCAGCACAGGGCAAACCAGCCCACGCAUGGGAAGCCUUCACUCCUGCCCUGCUCCCCACUGUUGCACAGAGGGAUGGAGUCGGGAAGAUGCAGGUUGCGGGUCCCUUCAUCCAUCCGUGCUGCUCAUUGGUGCUCUGGGAGCCAAAAUCUGGCUCCCUGCUCCCUGUGGCCAUGGGAAAAGCUUUGUAGCCGUGGGCAUCCUGCAUCUGACUCUGGGCAUGGAGCCCUGGCAGCACCCAUCCUUGAGAAGGGCUUGAGAGCAGGUUCCCCUGCAGUGUUUGGACUGUGAUGGCCUCCUGGUGCUUUCCUCCCCCCAGCCCACGUCAGUGAAGCCAUGUCCUGGAGCCAUAACUUGCUGUGGUGUGUCCAAACACGGGUGGCAGAGGCAGGAUUUGUCCUGUGCCCCCAUCCCCAUCUCCUUCUUGCCAAGGGCUCUAGAGAUCAACUGCUCCAGGGUGUCCCCCUGCCCCGUGCCACCGAGCACUGUGUUGGGCACCGGGACUUCAUCCCUGUGGAGGUUCUUCCCACCAGUGUCCAUCACCGUCACCCCACGCUGCCAACCAAGGGGCUGCAUCAUUUUUGGCUGCCCCUAAAAACCAGGAGAAAACAUCCCCAGGGGCAGCGCCGGGAGGCAGCUUUUUCGGCACUGAGUGCCCCAGCUGGGUUGUCCCCAAAAGUGGGGACACGUAGGGAUGUGCCACUGAGCUCCAGCCAUGGCAUUUAUGUUUCUGAGGCAGAGAAGGUGGAUGCCAUCCCAUCACCAGUCCCUUUGCUCCCAGGGGGGAGGGUUUUACCCCCUGCUUUUUGCACCAUAGCAUCUGGGGGGUUGGGAAGGAUGGAGGGGGGGCAGAGAGGUUUUGUGUGAGCACUACUUAUUUAUUUUUUUAAAAAGAUGCUUUUAAGUGGUUUUAGGUUCUUUUGAAUAAAUAAUAAUUAUUACAAAAAAUAAAAAA